AGUUAAUAAACUGACAUCACUAAGUGUGGCCUCGUGAUCUGGUUUUCUGCUGUUGAUUAUGUUUGUCUACCUGAACACUUACUUUCGCUUUGUAAAGCAAUAUCCCGGAAGGAGAAGAGAAUAAGCGUUAUGUCACACGGGAAGUGUUCUUUAAGAAUAGAGGAACUAUGACUACAGCAUCGAGCCUGAGUCUCAUGAAGUCAGCAGAUCUGAUCAAGAAAGAGCCUUUGGAUUAUGGAGGGUUUGGGGAAGUUUACCUGUGUUACCACAAAACACUAGGCCAGGUGGUGCUAAAGACGGUCUACACAGGACCGCCACGCAAUGGCCGCCAGAAGCAGUCUCUUCUGGAUGAAGGCAGCCUGAUGAGCAGACUAAACCAUGAGCGAGUGGUCAAGUUGCUGGGUGUUAUUCUGGAAGACGGAGACUAUUCUUUAGUAAUGGAGCUCAUUCCUAAAGGCAACCUGCUCACCAUGCUGGAGACGGUGACUGUUCCAAUAUCUGUGAAAGGAAGGAUCAUUCUGGAAAUCUUAGAGGGAAUGGUUUAUCUCAUGGAGAACCAAGUUAUUCACAAAGAUCUAAAACCUGAGAACAUUCUGGUGGACAAGCAUUUCCAUAUAAAAAUAGCAGAUCUCGGUCUGGCCACAUCUGAGACGUGGAGCAAGCUGACGAAAGAGGAAUCUCGCAGACAAAGUCGCCUCGGCAAGAAGUCCUGUGUGCGCGGUGCCGGCACACUGUGCUAUAUGGCCCCGGAGCACCUCGAGAGCAUCCACACCCGCUCCACCGAAAAAUCUGACGUCUACAGUUUUGCCAUUGUAGUUUGGGUCAUCCUCACGGGCCACGAGCCGUAUGAAAAUGCCAGAAGUGAGGACCAAAUCUGCCACUGUGUGUGUCAGGGAGAACGGCCCAGUGAAGCACUAAUCCCAAGUGACACACCUCAAGAGAUCAUAGACCUUAUGAAGACAUGCUGGAAUAAGGAGAGUCAGUACCGCCCCACAUUUAAAGAUAGCUAUGAGAAGUUUUUACCUUUUUACCAAGAUAAGUUGGCACCAAAUGUAAAAGAGGAUUUGGAAAGUCUGAUGAGAUUGUAUGAGGGCCCUGAGGAGCUUGUAGAAAAGCUGAAAUCCCUCACAACAGACUCACUCACUCCUGAAGACCCUCCGCCAUCUUCUAGAGACUCUCCAGCGUCCUUGAGGAGCUCAGAGAUCGGGCCAGUGGAGGCCAGCAUUGAAGACCUCAGCUUCAGACCGUCUGAAGAGUCUCUCCUGGAGAUUGACGCAGCGCCUCCCAGCUCUCCCCAUCUAGAGCUGAAACUGGCACAAGAGUACAACUAUCACAAAUAUGGUAGUCGUAUAGUCGAUCAGCCAGACAUGGCGUCACACAGCAUCUAUAAUCCACUCCCACAGCAACCGGCCAGUAGCAGGUUGGCCGGAGAUGUUUCUUCUCAGAUGUCUUCUGUGAAGUCUUGGACUAAACCCACCACUUAUCCAAACCCACAGGACAAUCUCUAUCUGAGACCUGCCGCUGCAAGUUCGAUUGAUGAUUUUCACAGGCAAGAAUUUGCAAGUCAGCUCUCAGUGCCGUAUUCUGAGUAUGACAGACUUCAUCAUCCUCAUCAUCCACUAUACGAUCGUUUCAAGUCCUGCCCAGAAAGUGCAUCUGCAGCAGAGUCUCUCAUGCCGGAAUCAAACCCUGGCCUGCGUUUUAGCUCACCUCUUAUAUGUCCUCCGUCUGACUCAGGGUGGCCUGUGAACAUCUCAAAUGCUAGUGCAAUUCAAAUCGGGAGUUGCAACACAAUGAAUUUGCGAAUAUCUGAUAACAGCCCCUUCAGCUCAUUAUCCAUUGGAUCCGCCAACAGAACCAGAUAUAAUGAGCUUCUGUUGAAGUAUGAGGACCACACCGUCACUGAAGGUCACCUGGAGCUUGUGCGUCAGAACGUCGGUGGCAACUGGAAGCAAGUGGCUCGUAAACUGGGGCUGACCGACAUAGACGUGGAUACCAUCGAGCAUGACUAUGACCGUGAUGGCUUGGCAGAGAAAGUGCACCAGACGCUGGAGCGCUGGAAGAUGAAGGAGGGUCUGCUGGGCAUCACCGUAGGUAAACUGUGCCGUGCGCUGGAGGGCUGCAUCAAAUCCAGCGUCCUCCUACAGCUGCUGUAUAAGUCUCAAGACUGUGCUGCAGUCCCCUGAAACGCCACUGUAGGGUUGUGUCAUAAUUAUUUUCUUUACUGGAGGGUUGGAUCGGAUGGGGUGAAACGGGGAACUCUCCCGAACUUCAUCAAAAGAUGAACCAUUACAAGGCUGUGCAGUAUUUUUGACAGAAUAACAUCCAUCGCUGUUACACAGCGUAGGCUAUUCAUUUUUACUGGACUGGACACAUGUAGGAUGCUACAGAAUAAUGAUUACAAUUCUUUAUAAUGCUGUAAACACAUGGUAGCAUGUCUUUCUGCCAUGUAACUGACAUUCUUCUGAACUUGAUCAGUUGAAUCAACCUUUUUUUUUUUUUUCAAGGAUUACAUGUUAUGAUUGUAGGAUGCUGUAUUUUGGUUUUUCUGUUUAGGGAUUUGUUAAAAAUGAAAUGCUGGUAUAAAGAUGGGUGACAAAUGAAAUGAAAAACCAACAUACAAGAAGUAUAGAGUUGGGUCACCACAUGUUGCCAGAAGAAACAUCUUUCUUCAAAAAGAUAUUCAGUCACUUGGUCUUUUGAUGGUGGUAGUGGGGAGCACUGUCUGCGGGAGUCCAAAAUCUCCCUUCGGCCUGAGAUCUGGGAUCUGAUGUAUAAACGUUGUGUACGCACAAAAUGGGCAUCGAUAUGCGAAGUAAUGAAGUAACCAAAAUGAUUUUCAGAAUUAUCUAGAUUUGGAAAUCCCAGGUUUUGCUAUCCAGGAUCAGGUAAUCUUACUUUUGUUGCAGCUUUUCAAAGCAAAAUAGGAUUGGAUCACCCUGAUUCAGAUACACGCUUUCAGUUUACCAAAUCUGGAUUAGCAGAUUUACUAGUUAUUUACCUAGUUAUUAUAGUUAAUAACGUUUUUUGGGGGGUGAACUAUCCCUUUAAUGGUUAAAGGGUAAACUAAUCAAGAGCAAAAUGUGUCAAAUGUUGUAUUUUUUGGACCAGUUUUAGACAUUUUUGUUCCUGAAAUCCACCCUUCUGCUGAGAUCAGGAUAAUCCUGAUUUUUUUGGAUCAGAGGUAUCCCAAUCUUACUAAAAUGUUUUGAACAACCCAAACUGACUAUUUGAUCCAGAUCAUAACCAAGAUUGGAUUUUGUGAUCUAAUCUGAUAUCAGAAUCUUGGUAACACUUUACAGUAAGGUUCAUUAGUUAACAUUAGUUAACAUGAACUAAUAAUGAACUGAACUUCUACAGCAUGUUAAUUUCAACAUUUACUAAUACGUUAGUAAAAUCAAGAGUUGUAUUAGUUAACAUUAGUUCAUGCACUGUAAACUAACAAACAAUGAACAGCUGUAUUUUUAUUAACUAACGUUAACAAAGAUUAACAAAUACAGUAACAAAUGUAUUGCUCAUGGUUAGUUCAUGUUAGUUAAUACAUUAAUUAAUGUUAACAAAUGAACUUUAUUGUAAAGUGUUACCAGAAUUUUUUUCUUUCUUGUGAACAACACAUUUUCAAGAUUUGAUUCAAAUCCGAUAGCUGAAAUCUAAUCAGAUUUCUUUUGAGCAACUGGGCCCCGAUUACUGGAAGAUAACACUCCCAUGUGGAUAGAAAUGCUUCAUCAUAGGAUAAAGCUGAUCAGCUUUGUAUUGGUCUGUCAUCACACAAACCAUGCCAGCAAAAUGCCCUCCGCAGGAUAACAGCCACCGGAUCCACUGGAUUUUUUUUUGUUUUGUUUUUUGUCACCCAUCUGUAUAUCUAAAUGUUUUUGAAAAAAUAUCAUUCCAAACUGUUUCAUUAAAAAGAUAACUAUUUCUAUUACAAAA